CAUUUCCGACGCUGUGGUGCAGGUGUGGGACAGGCUGUAACGGUCAGUGCUUCCCGCCGGCUGCACCUCAGCGACCCUUCGGCACAUCGCGCGUUCCUCGGCACCCUGCCCGCUGCCCCGCCUCUCCGGCACCAUGUCUCGAAGAUAUGACUCCAGAACCACCAUAUUUUCUCCAGAAGGCCGUCUGUACCAGGUUGAGUACGCCAUGGAGGCAAUUGGACAUGCAGGUACUUGCUUGGGCAUCCUGGCCAACGACGGCGUUCUGCUGGCUGCGGAGAGGCGCAACAUUCAUAAGCUGCUCGAUGAAGUUUUCUUCUCAGAAAAAAUCUACAGACUGAACGAGGAUAUGGCUUGCAGUGUUGCAGGAAUAACUUCAGAUGCCAACGUUCUAACAAAUGAGCUGAGGCUGAUUGCACAGAGGUAUUUGUUACAGUAUCAAGAGCCCAUUCCUUGCGAGCAGUUGGUAACUGCACUGUGUGACAUCAAGCAGGCUUACACGCAGUUUGGAGGAAAACGUCCUUUUGGUGUUUCAUUGCUGUAUAUUGGUUGGGAUAAGCAUUAUGGAUUUCAGCUGUAUCAAAGUGAUCCCAGCGGCAAUUAUGGAGGAUGGAAAGCUACGUGCAUUGGCAAUAACAGCGCUGCAGCUGUGUCAAUGCUGAAGCAAGACUACAAAGAAGGAGAAAUGACCUUAAAGACCGCACUUGCAUUAGCCAUUAAGGUUCUAAAUAAGACCAUGGAUGUCAGCAAACUUUCUGCAGAGAAAGUUGAAAUUGCAACGCUGACGAGAGAGAAUGGGAAAACAGUAAUAAGGGUUCUGAAGCAAAAGGAGGUGGAGCAGUUGAUAAAACAACAUGAGGAGGAAGAAGCAAAAGCUGAACGUGAAAAGAAGGAAAAAGAGCAAAAGGAGAAGGAUAAAUAAAAUUUGAAGUCAAGUGUUCUGAAAAUAGCAUAGGACCUGCUUCAGUUAAAGGUAAUCUGGUUUUCUGUUUUGUGGAAGCCUACAAAUACGCCAGGGGAGAACACGGAAUUACUUUUGCUGAACCAGGUCCUUAAUCAUCAUCAAGAUAAUUAGUUUUCUGUUCCUUAUAUUGACCAAUAAUUGCUUUAAUUCUUGAACACCCUUUCUUUCAUCUUCUAUUUUUUAUUAUGGAAUAAAAUUUAAGAAGAAUGGU